AUGAAGGGGCUCAAGGAUUUCCGGCGUUCCCUCAACAAGGACCGCUCGUCCGGCGGCAAGCCAGGGACAGGGACGCCAGCCAUGUUCACUGGCGUCAAGUCAGCCGUUUCGAUCCAGCCGCCAAAGAUGGUAAUCAAGGCUCUGCGCGAAUAUCGAUCGCGGGCGCCGCAGGAGCUCUCCUUCCAAAAGGGCGACUUUUUUCACGUUCUUAGCGAUAGCAGCAACCCAGAUUGGUUCGAGGCGGCGAAUCCGAUGACCAACGCGAGAGGGCUCGUGCCAUCCGCCUACUUUGAGGUCAUCACGCGGAGCAACCGGCCUGGUGCGUCGGGACAAGCGGGGCCAUCGACCAUCGCGCGUGGCCCACUUGCAGCCAGCGGGCCUCAGCCAGGAGUAGCAGGGAAUCUGGACAGGGCGGCAGGGGCAGCAAUGCCGGGAAAGUCGGGCGGCGGCCUCUAUGCGGUCGUCAAGUAUGAUUUCGAAGCCGAGCGGACGGAUGAGCUCGCUGCCAAAGCGGGCGAGUCUAUCAUCGUCAUCGCACAGUCCAACUAUGAAUGGUUCGUCGCCAAGCCCAUCGGCCGGUUAGGUGGGCCAGGCCUGAUACCCGUGGCGUAUGUGGAGAUCAAGGACCUCACAACCGGCCAACCAAUCGAGGACGUCAACGAGCUCAUUUCCACGGGCGUCAUUCCCAAGGUGGAGGAGUGGAAGAAGAUGACAGCCGACUACAAGAAUACGGCUAUCCCACUGGGAAGACUAGACUUCCAAACUCCAGCUGCGGGAAGUGGCCCGGGUGGAGCGAUGGAUCUGUCCUUUGAGCAUCAUGGGAUGGGCGCGAUGGAUCCAUCGUUUCCGAACAAUCAACCGCCGCCACUACCGCCGCCCAAGCAAGGAAGUUUGGACCUGCAAGCGGGCGACGACCAAGAGCUUCCGCCUGGCUUACCACCUGGCGAGCCGUUACCCACUGGUAUCAUCUCUUCCGCCACAGUUGACUCGUUCCACUUUGAGCAAGGCGACUACUGGUUCCGCAUCCAAGCAGCGCACGUCUCGCAGAGCAAUGCUAACGCGCCUCCCAGCGCGCCAACGGCACCCGAGGGCGAGGAGCGGGAUCUGAUCCUGUACCGCCUAUACGAGGACUUUUACGAGUUCCAGAUCGCCCUGCUCGACCACUUCCCCGCCGAAGCGGGGCGAGAGACGGACGCGAAUGGCAAUCCGACGCAGCGCAUCUUGCCGCUUAUGCCUGGGCCGCUCGAGGAGGUGGAUGACGUGAUCACCGCGCAGCGACGGGGCGACCUGGAUCUCUACAUCAACCAGCUCUGCGCGCUACCAGAGUACAUUAUGCGAUCCGAGCUCAUCCGCCUCUUUUUUGAGCCGCGGCCGGGCGAUCACUGCUCUGUGAUACCAACGUCUGGUGCCGGCGAGGCGCCCGCGUCGGAUGAUGGGCUCGGCCAGGAAGCAGCGCAGGUUGUGCAGGCGGCAGCGAUGCUUGAGACCGUCCAGAGCAAUGGGACAUCAAAAUAUGCUGAGGAUCAGCCGGUCGGCCCGAACCCAGUGCUGCCAAAUGAUCUGGCAGCAGGCGUGGAGAGCUUGAAGAUGGACGAGCGGGAUCGAAUGUCCCAGUCUGGGUCGGAUGGUCGAAGUAGCGGUGCGACAGGUCCAAGCGGGUCCUCCUAUCUGCAGCCGCAGUACUCAAUGACGCGAAAUCAGUCCGCGACGACAGUCGGUUCGCGAGGCUCCGGUGCGUCUUCGACACAUGCUGGCUGGUCAGGUGCAGGGAGCAGCAGCAAUACUGUUGGACGGAAGGACUCAUUACCCGGAGCGGGAGGUGCCAGCACACCUUCGACCGGGAGCACAGGUGCAGGUGCGAGUGCAGGAGCGAACGCGCACAAUACCGGCCCUAACGCCGGCUUCAUCAAGAUCAAGAUCUUCCAUCGCGCGACGGACGACCUCGUCGCGAUCCGCGUGCCGCCGUCUGUGACCCACUCUGCGCUAAUGGAGAAGGUGCGGGACCGAUUGGGCGCCGACAUCAAUGUUCUGCGAUACCGUGAGACACUCGAUACCGGCGGCAGCGCGAUGAUGCGCCUCAGUGACGACGAGGAUCUCAGAGAUUGGCUCAGCACCGGCGCACAGAAGUUGACGCUGUAUGCUGAUACAAAGUGA